AGUAAGAUCAAGUUAAUAUAGAUAUAUUUUCGAUAAAACAAAAUUUAUGAUAAUAAAGAGUUAAUUAUACUUAAUUUUUAUCUAACAUAAGGAACUAAAUUCUGUGAUCGAUUGACAUCAUAAUAUACAAGAAGAAUAGAUGCUUACGUGGAUAUAUAUAAAACGAAUGAAAGAGAGAAAAAAAGUAACAUGACAAUCCUAAAAGUAUUAAGUUGCAGUCUAAUAUUCAUUGUCGCGGCGGUUCCUUUCAUUGAUGCAGAAUACAAACCGCGACAUUAUAACAUCCACUUUAUACUAUAUGACAUUCAAGAGGUCUUCCGUGGCGAAUACAAUGUCAGCAUUUAUAUUCCUGAUGACACGCAACAUUUAUAUUUUUAUACAGAAAAUCUGUAUAUAAUUACAACUACUAUAACAAACAAUACCCAAAUAUCUAAAGAAAAUGAAGGGAAAGAUUUUCCUCAUAGGCCUAAGAAAUUCAUCUAUGACAUUGAAACGUAUAUAACCACCAUUUCCUUUCCAUAUAUUUUAUCAUCAGGAUGCUACACUCUGUAUAUGAAAUUUUCCGGUUUUUUUGGUGAAAAUGGAGGCUUUAGAACUUUCUACAAUCAACAAAAUGAUAGAGUGAGUUUGGCCGCAACGCAUUAUCACACAUUUGGGAUUCGAAGAUUAUUUCCACUUUUAAAGGAUAGUAUGUAUGCUAGUUAUAAUAUUUCUAUAAAGCAUCAUGUAAACUACACAGCUUUAUCAAAUAUGCCUAUGUGGGAAGAAAAUGUGGAUGAAAAUAAUAUGCAAUGGACACGUUUCGAAACUACACCUGUAAUACCCGUACACUUCAUAGCGGCGAGUGUAGUACAUCUCGGCUUUAUUCUAGAUACAAGUCAGAGUGCCAAAUUGUGGUGCGGAGGAAGCAUGGAACCACAUAUGAUAUUUGCAUACACAGUUGUUAUAAUAAUUGAGAAAUUUUCAGAUAACGUGUUUCCGUAUAGGAAAAGUCCGGAAACAAAUCAUAUUGCGAUUCCGAAAUUUUGCGAAGUAUUAGAUGAAGAAAAUAUAAAGUUCGGAUUCGUUCUCUAUAGAGAAGCAGAUAUUAUCUUUAAUCAAAAAACGGAUGAUGAGAUGCGCAAAAUUGAAAUAGUGCGAGUAAUAAGCUAUAAGGUGAUGCACGAGAGAAUUUCUAAUGCAAUCGAUAAGUGGCAACCCUGGUUAAGCAAAGGUCUCAGUACGUUCUUUGGAAUUUAUGCCGCCAAUGAGACAUUUCCGCAUUUUCGGAUACAAGAUUUCUUUGUGGUUCAAAUGCAACAUGAUGUUCUUCAUUGGGGCACCAAAGACACAUGGCCGCUCACAAUCGAAUCAGGAUUCAAUAGCUCUUUUGAAAUUCCUCGUUACAUUAAAGCAAGCAUUAUGUUUCGCACAUUGCAAAUUAUAUCUCCCAAAAAGAUGUUGCAUACUUAUAUGAAGUAUUUACGAGAUCAUUCUUACGAUACUAUGUUCUUAAACAUUGUGCAAUCAGACUUGAAUGAAUCUUUCGGAAAUCAUUCUUUUGAUAUAGACAGAAUAACUAACUGGACACAGUUAAAUUAUUAUCCUGUGAUAAAUGUGCAAAGAAAUUAUAAUACUAACUUAUUGAACAUAUACUUGUUGAAGAUAGUGGAAAAUUUUACAAAUAUAUGGAUACAUGUGAACAUUACUACGCAAACGUAUUCCAAUUUGAAGAAAAUUUUGCCAAUAUUAUGGCUAGGACCAAAUAAUUCGCACCAAUUACAAAUUACAGAUUUCAUAAACCAGAGUGAUUGGGUACUAGCCAAUUUACAACAAAGUGGAUGCUAUCGCGUCAAUUAUGAUGUCAAGAAUUGGAAAAGGCUUUCGAAAUACCUGAAUUCCAAAUCCUAUAGAACAAUACAUGUUCUCGAUCGCGCUAAAAUCAUCGACGACACAUUUCACUUUGUGAUGACAGGUCGACUAAAUUUUACUAUAUUCUUGAAUAUUUCACAUUAUCUAUGGCAAGAUACAGAUUAUAUCGCAUGGUAUCCAAUGUUCAAAAAUUUGGAAUAUAUAUCGGGUUUCUUUGCAUUUCCAGAAAGCGUACCAAGAAAGAAGGAAAUAAUAGAACCAUUGAAUUUGAUUUUAUCGGAAAUAAAAUAUCCCAAUUUUAAAUCAAAUAUAACCCAAGAGAGCGUUUUCACUAAAUGUUUGAGACAAGAGGCUGCAAGAUGGUUAUGUAAUAUAGGCCUUAAGCAUUGCUUGUUACAAGCAAAUAAUGAAUUAAAAUCGUAUUUUUUCAAUCGUACCAAUUUUUCACCAACCAAAAUUUGGAUUGAAUGGAAAGAAUGGACAUUCUGCAAUGGUUUGAUGAUAGAGGAUGACAAUAUUUGGAUGCAGGUGUAUGAUAUGUAUUUGAAAGAAUCAGAUUAUAGUAUUUUAAAAUUUUUAGCUUGUUCCAAAAAUGCUUCAAUCAUUCGCCAAUAUAUGCAUUUAAUGGCUAAUAUGACAAAUGUAACAGCUAUCGACCGUAUAAGCAGUUUUUGUACUAUUGUUGCGAGGCAUGCAAAGAAUGUUCCAGUACUUGAUUUCAUUUUAGACAAUUUAGAGAAAAUAAAACCCAAAGAAAUCGGUUUAGUUACAGCAUUAACUAUAAUCAUUAACCAUGUAUAUGCUAAGGAACAUAUUGUCCAGAUAAAGAAUUACGUGCAAAUUAAUUUUAAAGAAGAUCUAAAAUUUGCGAUUUACUAUCAUGACAUGGUAAUUCAAUCCUACCUUAAAAAUUUUGUAGAGACAAUGAUUUAUAAGAUAAUAAUGAAAGUAAACCGCAAAUUAGAACUACGUUGGAAUCAAAUAAGGAGUCAAUUGCACAAAUAUCGAUAUCUUAUAAAAAACUAUGAUUAUAUAUUGAAAGAAGACUUGGCUGAUUAAUCAAUGAAACCAGGAAAUAUAUAUACGAUAACGAAAUGCA